GGUAGGAUGGUACAAUUCUGUGGUAUCUAAAGAAUUCCUAGCCUCACAGUUGGGGGUGAGGCAUGGGAGUGGGAGAGUUUGCCUGACGUCUGGGUAGGGUCCUAGUUCUUUUUAGACACUUGAGUAAUUUAACCAUAAAUAACUGGGCACUGGGAACAGGACACUCACUAAUAAAAGCAUAGCCUGGAGUCAUGUUCAGGAAAAAAAAAAAAUUCAAGUCACUCAGUGGGUGGAUGUAUCCGCAAAACAAAAGAAAAGCCCCUUUCCCAGCCCAGGCAGAGAAGUCUCCUGUACAGUUAAGAGACAACAGGCUUCUGGGCACGUAGCCAAGGUUCUGGGGAUAUUUAUAACUUGAAGAGGGUGGGAGUCCCUAAUAAGCUGCUAUAUUCUUUUUCCAUCACUUCCCUCUCCAAGGCUACAGCGAGCUCAGAGCUCUUCCCCACGCAGAAUGCCUGCUUUCCCUACUCCUGGGCUUCCAUUGUCUAAUUUUCUCCUCCUGGCUGGGGAAAGGGAAGGCUGCAAGCCCUUCCGUUCGGAGGAACUCCAGUUGAAUACAGUUUAGCUGCUAGUGGUGUUUCUUGGCUAGCUCCUGUGGUCUUAGGGAUCUGCCCAUGAGCCUGCGGUUUCUCUGAGCUGCCUGCGAGUCUGAGGUCUCGGGAAUCUGAGUCUUGGGGAUCCGCCUACGAUCUCUGGGCUUUACCUGCAAGUCUACGGAUUCGAGAUCUACCUGGAGGUCUGAGAUAUCCGGGAUCUGCCAGUGAUCUCUAGAACCUUUCCGAACGCCUAAAGUCUCAGAGAACUCUGCCUGCGGAUUUGGAAUCUGUUUGAGGCCUCUCGGAUCUUGGAGCUGGCGAUCUAGUGGAUUUUUUGCGGGACAGGAGCGCUGUCUGCUAGCUGCUUUUCCUGCUCUCUCUUCUGGGAGGUGAAACCUUGAGCCCGCGAUGGCAGCCACCCUGCUCAUGGCUGGGUCCCAGGCACCUGUGACAUUCGAAGAUAUGGCCAUGUACCUCACCCGGGAAGAAUGGAGACCUCUGGACCCUACACAAAGGGACCUUUACAGGGAUGUUAUGCAGGAGAAUUAUGGAAAUGUUGUCUCGUUAGAUUUUGAGAUCAGGAGUGAGAAUGAGGUGAAUCCAAAACAAGAGAUGAGUGAAGAUGUAGAAUUUGGGACCGUGUCUGAAAGACCUGUUGGGAAUACUGAGAAAAAUCCUGAAAGUGAAGAGGCCUUUGAAAGCAGGGAAAGAUCAGAAAGACAAUGGGGAGAUUUAACAGCAGAAGAGUGGGUAAGCUAUCCUCUCCAACAAGUCACUGAUCUUCUUGUCCACAAAGAAGUCCACACAGGCAUCCGCUAUCAUAUAUGUUCUCAUUGUGGAAAGGCCUUCAGUCAGAUCUCAGACCUUAAUCGACAUCAGAAAACCCACACUGGAGACAGACCCUAUAAGUGUUAUGAAUGUGGAAAGGGCUUCAGUCGGAGCUCACACCUUAUUCAGCAUCAAAGAACACACACUGGGGAGAGGCCCUAUGACUGUAAUGAGUGUGGGAAAAGUUUUGGAAGAAGCUCUCACCUCAUUCAGCAUCAGACAAUCCACACUGGAGAAAAGCCCCACAAAUGUAACGAGUGCGGGAAAAGUUUCUGCCGGCUCUCUCACCUAAUCCAGCACCAAAGGACCCACAGUGGGGAGAAACCCUAUGAGUGUGAGGAAUGUGGGAAAAGCUUCAGCCGGAGCUCUCACCUAGCUCAGCACCAGAGGACCCACACAGGCGAGAAGCCUUAUGAGUGUAACGAAUGUGGACGAGGCUUCAGUGAGAGAUCUGACCUCAUCAAACACUAUCGAGUCCACACAGGGGAGAGGCCCUACAAGUGUGACGAGUGUGGGAAGAAUUUCAGUCAGAACUCUGACCUCGUGCGCCAUCGCAGAGCCCACACGGGAGAAAAGCCGUACCACUGUAAUGAAUGUGGGGAGAAUUUCAGCCGCAUCUCACACUUGGUUCAGCACCAGAGAACCCACACGGGGGAAAAGCCGUAUGAAUGUAACGCUUGUGGGAAAAGCUUCAGCCGAAGCUCUCAUCUCAUCACACACCAGAAAAUUCACACUGGAGAGAAGCCCUACGAGUGCAAUGAGUGUUGGCGAAGCUUUGGUGAAAGGUCAGAUCUAAUUAAACACCAGAGAACCCACACGGGAGAGAAGCCCUAUGAGUGCGUGCAGUGUGGAAAAGGUUUCACCCAGAGCUCCAACCUCAUCACUCAUCAAAGAGUUCAUACGGGGGAGAAGCCUUAUGAAUGUACAGAAUGUGAGAAGAGUUUCAGCCGGAGCUCAGCUCUUAUUAAACAUAAGAGAGUUCACACCGACUAAGUCCUGUAAUUAUGAUGACUCGGAAAUGAUUCAUUUGAAGGUACAAUUUUAUUUGAUAUCAAAGAGCUCUCUCAGGACUGAGCUGCUUUUACCAUACUGAUUUUCCUUGUUGUGGGCCAAGGUUUAGAACAUCAAAGAAGACAGGCCACUUGAAAUGCUGACCCAUAGCUUUUGGAAUGUUAUCCCCUCCUCCCAAACAGUGAUUUUUAUUCACUUGAACGACUUGAUCAAAAUCAGCCUCACAAGUAACUGGAAAUAUGAAGACCAGGGGAUAAAUGCUGGUAAAUGCUCGAGCCUGGUAAUGGAGUAAAUCUUUAAAAGUUAUUUCUCCCAUCCUUGGGUCAAAGAACUGUGCUAAGGGAAAUGUUGGACUGUGAUAGGGUGGUCACAGCUGCUUUGGAAAAAGACAGCCAGAGACUUUGCCUGAAUUGCCAUACCUGUUCACUCACCAUGGUAGUUGGGCACACAUAUCUUCCCCUUCAAAGGGCUUUUCCCUUGAGUUGCUCAUGCGUUUGUAUCUUUCUGUCUUCCUGAGAGCAGGAUUCUGCACAAUGAAGGCACUGAUCAUAACUUUUCUCCUCAUUGUUUCUAAUCAACUUUUUUAAAGCUUGCAUCUUUGUGAAAGCUAACUGAAGACACAGAUUGAGACGAAAAAUGAGAUACAGGUUUGGGGACCAAGGACUCAUCAGCGGUGGUGACUUCAGCAAGAAAUGUCUGCUGUUGUUAUUGCCAUUAAUCAUAAUUUAUUAAUUUUCUUUGGGGAUCACUGUAGGGAACAUUGUAGCGAAAAUAUCUUCAAGGACAGAUAGGACCGUAAGUGAUGAUGGAGUGUAAGUGGAACUGACCGCUUCAGGGAAGGACGCACAGAGCCCCUUCCCAAGGAACACAGGUCAUGUUUCUUUCAGAUCAAUUCUCCCUAUACUGCUAACUCUCGAAUUUGAUAAGGGCCACAUCCCAGCGUUAUCUUAGCUUGCAUAAGGGCAUCUGUUUGUACAGGAAAACAUGUAUUCCUGUGGUUUUUCCAAUAGCAGAAACUGAAUUCACACAGAAUUAGCAUGUUCUUGGGUGAUGUUGAUCAUGUGACAGAACUGCAGACAUAACUCCAAUGUGAGAAGUGUCCUUUGUUUUCUUUCUUUAUGGAAAAAACAUUUCAACACUGGUGCUCUAGUGUGCACUCUCCUGUAAGAUCUGUCUUUGUACAGAACUAAGCACUUGUCUAUAUGUGUCAGUCAAUUGUGGGAGAUCGUGACCGGACAAAUAGGUUGAUUGUCCUGUUCUCAGACUGAGUUAUCUUCUCUUUGGCCUAGUCACAAGGAAUUAAUAAACCUAGAUAGGAAUGUAUUUCCAUCCUUCCAGCUUGCAGAUAUGAGUGGUUAAAGUAAAGGUUGACCCAAUUUAAGCCCAGUAGUGUCAAUUUUCCUUAUCUCAGCCCAAAUAGGAAUUAAGAAAUAUCCCAAAUGUUGAUGCUUAUCCAAGCAUUUGGAGAAGGGAGUGGGAAAGUAUUGAUGCCCAGGAGAUGGGAUGGAGUGAGGAAUUUUUUUUUGGCGCAUGCAUGCCCCAAGUUAUUUCUACUGUGCUUUAUUGUGAGUGUUGUAACAUUUGAAAAAUUCUUUUGCCAUAGCUCUUUGGUACUUGGUGUUAAAGGAGCCAGUGGUCUCUCUUGGGUAGUGUACUAUAGUGAGUUAUUAUGGCCCACAGAUGUGUGGGACUGCAUCCCUUGCAAAUGGCACAACCUCGAAAGUAACAAAAUAAAAAACUACUCCACCAAGGAGAUUUCUUUAUGUUGCCACUCCUAUUUAACUACAAACUCGGGCAGGGGGCAUGUUUUUUGUUCUAUACAAAAUCUAGCCAACUGGGUAUUCAUAUUUUAAUUGUUGAAUGACUUACAUGUUCUUGAUGACUAAGCUCGAAUAUGUUUUUUCCUGUAUCAGUGUUGCUGAUGGUUUUAACGAAUAUCAGAGUUCUCCUGUUGUUUCUGUGAGCCGCUACGAGCAUCAGCUUUGGAGUGGCCAUAGAAGACAGCAUUUCCAUGAUCUAACUGUAUUUCACCCCCUUUUCCUUCCCUACUCUCCUGCCCCACCCCAGCCUGUUCGUGCUGCUGCUUUUGGCUUCUAAGUGCCCCAGCCAUCUCUCCCUAUAUGUACACUCCAGCUGAGAAGUUAAGAGGGCAAGGGCCAGACCAGCUCUGUUUCCUCUCUUUCUGCCAAUUGCUGCCCAUCUGCUGUGCUGAACUUUGUGUAGAAGUUGUGCAUCAGAUUCUCUCUGCUAAUGCGUUUUGCAUGCCUUCUGCUCCCAAGUCUCUAGCUGCUUCUGCACAUACCCUGAAUGCUUUGUGCCUGUUUUCUAUGGUUGUGGAGAGUGAGUGAACGAGUAAGUACGUAGAGCAGUUUUCCUUAUGGUAUUGGUCACAGUUAUCCUAGUGUCUAUCUACAUCUGUAUUAUUCUAAUAAUAUUCUAUAAUUAAAAGUAUAAUUUUUAAAAUCAAAAAACUGAGAAUUAUUUUAGUAAUCCAGCACUGAUUCAUAAAAUGUCUUUUCAUCAGAUUCAUUAAAAUUGGGCACAGUUGUCUUUACAUUGAUGCAUUUGUGUAGACGUUCUUGUGGAAAUUUGGAAGUACAGCCUCUUCACAUGUUGGUGAGCUCUGGAUGUUACCAUAUUUUGGGAAGAUGCAAAAGCCUGGACAGUUUCCUGUGAAGAUUAGGCUGGUGGCAAAGCAACGUGGAAAUAUUUGGUAUGGGUGAUUCAUUGGCUUUGGAGAAU